UCAUUCAUUCCACUGACCAACACAAAGACAGCACAAACAAAACGAACUUGCCAUGCCGAACUCAGUAGCACAGUGCUUUCUCCUUUCUGUUGGGGUUGUUAUUUUUAGCUCUUGUCUGCGAGAGUCUACGGCUCAACGGGAGCGUGAGGAAACGUUCAAGGGCCUGCAGCUUGAGGCUCUGAAGAGCAUUAUCCUGGAGUACCUCGGGAUGGAUGCGCCUCCCGGGCCUGGCGGAAGAGCUUCUCAUCAGGACCUGGUCAGGAUGUACCGUCAGUAUCGGAGAAUGGGAUACUUGCUUAAGGGCAAUUCCAGUGAGGAACAGGAGCCUCAGCCUGCAAGAAGAGCCUCUACUGUGCUUUUCCCCACAGCAGUUCAGCUCCUGAAUUCUUCCGUGGAUUCCCGGCAGCAGUGGUUCCGAGCUGCUUUCUACAAAAGCUCACGCAUUAAAACUGGAGUAAACCUUAAACACGCGAAGCUGCAAAUUAAGAGACCACACGCGGACAAAAUCGCACCGGGCCAGCCGUGGCUCUCAAAAGACGUCGUGGUUAGAAUGCGUAAGCCUCCCGGUUUCCAUACAGACGCUUUAAUUCACUCGGGGGACUUGAGCUCUCGGGAUGUAACGCUGGAUUUGACAGUUGCGGUCAGGAAGUGGCUUAAGGACGCCAGUGCUGAGCUUUUAGUUGUUGAAAUUUGCCUCCUUAAAAAACAAGAAGUGAGCACACAAUCCACGCCUCAGCUUGUUUUACAACUCGAUCAAGCGGUGAGGAGAAGAAACAAGAGAGCCCCGUCUACCAGAGAGGAAAGCGUCGAGGAUGAAGGUCACUGCAGGCGAAAGUCAUUAAAUGUUUCCUUCAAAGACAUCGGCUGGUCGGACUGGGUUAUUGCUCCCUCGGGUUACACUAUGCACUACUGCGAUGGCUCCUGCCCGCAUAAUUAUAAACCUGCCAGUAUGCAUACGCAGGUGAAGUCUCGUCUGCAUCUCUUGUCCAAGGGAAUGACGCCCGGGCCUUGCUGCGUACCAGCUGCGUAUGAGCCAAUGGUUCUCAUGCACUACGACAGCCGUGGAAAGCUGAAGCUCACGCCUUUCAACGAUUUGAUAGUUAGUAAAUGCCACUGUGCGUGAAAGGCACGGGCUCUGGCUCUCCGCUGCGCGUUAUGCUCUCCAAAGAGAAGAUGAGAAGGAGGCAGAAUAUCUGGCUGAUAAAACGCGAAUGUUCUCACGCUCGUCUGGUUGCAUUCCUUCGGUUUAUAAAAUAGUUUGGCUACUUAAAGAAACCGGAUGCCUGCUUUUUUGCGUAACACUGAAACGUUAAAUGUGUACUGUAUUUCCAUGUGAUUGACUUACUGGACUAUCAAGUUAUUUAUUGUAAUUUAUUUGAGAUGUUUUUGUACUCGUUUGUCGCCGUGUCGCGAAUGAAUCAAGAAACCUUUUGUAUUUUUGAAAGAAUGUUAAUAAAGUAUAUUGCUUUUAUAUUCGAUUAAUGGCUGAAUCGCAUUUCAACCCAACGUCUUUGAGUUUAAGACGAAAAUCCUCACACACGGUAUUUUAUGAGGUUAAGCUGUUGUAAGAACUCCGGAUGUUGUUAAAAAGCUUUAAAAUCCAUGUUUAAAUGCUAUGGAAAUAUGGAAAACAGGCCUUUAGAAUGAAUCAUCUGCGUAUGACUCAUAUAACAAUGAGCUAUAAAAUGAACUCACACUUACGUUUUACAUAUACGUAAGUGAAAACUUAUAAAUUACGGUCUUUUACCAUAAUAUUUUCCAAUAACCGCUUAGUCCUAGAUAAUAUUUCAAGGCGAGGUCAUGCCAUAAAUGACAUAAAAGCUAUUUAUCCGUGUUAAUCAAUAUCCAUAUUUAUCCUGUCUAUAAAGAUAGGCCAGAUCUAACAACUGUAGCCUUGAAAACACACAUAGGUGUCACUGGCCUUGACCAGAGAGUGAAUGUCCUCUGAAGCAACCACAGCAGAGACAGGAGUUCAUUUGUGGCUCGGUAUUUAUAUAAUACUGUCACCGGCAUCACUGUAGUCCAUACAUACUUGUUGUCUAGUGACCCUGCAGGAUUUUGCUGACUGUUAAUAUUUUUCACAUGCUUUAUACAAUGUACUGUUUUGACAUAAUGUAAUAAUUCAAUUGGUAACGAUAAGAGUAAUAACUGCUAUCAUCACUCAAAGAAGCAUAAAGCAAUAAACCAUUUUUUGUA